AAAAAAUUGUUAAGGAGGUGUGAAAAAGUUGGCACUCAGUAGGUUUCUUUCUGUCGAUGCUCUUUAUACAGAGAAGAUUCAGUCUUUCUCACAGAUCUCAGCCCCACACACUCUUCACUCUCUUCAGCUGCCCUUUUUUUCUUCCCUUGCAAAAAACUGAAUUUUCCCAUUUUUUUAUUUUCUUAAAGUCGAAAAUUUUCCAUGGACGCACCUUGAAGAAAAGCACUUUUAGAUACCUCAGGUUGUUAACAAGUCCUUCAUGAUUUCUUUCUUUUGAAGUUCUUGGUAAAGCCAUCUCUUUUAUCUUUGAGAUAAUCUUUGUUCCAUUUUACAGAAAAUUUAUACAUCUUUAGGAAGGAAUUGAUUGUUGGUGUUGGAAAUCUUUUGAGGUUUCACUUGUACUGAGCAUUUGUGUCAUUCGAAUUCAAUUUGUUUUUUUACCCUGGUUUGGUGUUUAAGGAGUAGCUUCUCUUUCCGUUCCCACAAACUAGAAAAAUGCAGAAGCCUCCGCAGUCUCAAGAUUUUGCUUUGAAAGAGACGUCGCCAAACAUUGGCGCGGGCUCUAUCACGGGGGACAAGCUCUCAUGCACAUAUGACCUCGUAGAACAGAUGCACUACCUUUACGUUCGUGUGGUGAAAGCAAAGGAUUUGCCUGCAAAAGAUGUCACUGGUAGUUGUGAUCCCUAUGUCGAAGUGAAACUUGGAAACUAUAAGGGAGUUACUAGGCAUUUUGAGAAGAAGUCCAACCCUGAAUGGAAUCAGGUGUUUGCUUUCUCCAAAGAUCGACUUCAAGCUUCAUUUUUGGAAGUUGUGGUGAAAGAUAAGGAUGUUGUGCUAGAUGAUUUCAUGGGCAGGAUUAUGUUUGAGCUCAAUGACAUCCCGAAACGCUUUCCACCAGAUAGCCCACUGGCACCACAGUGGUAUAGGUUGGAGGACAGGAAGGGGGUUAAGGUCAAGGGGGAGCUGAUGUUGGCAGUUUGGAUGGGAACUCAAGCAGACGAGGCGUUUCCUGAUGCGUGGCAUUCUGAUGCUGCAACAGUUGGGCCCGAGGGUGUCAAUAACAUUCGAUCGAAGGUAUACCUCUCCCCCAAGCUUUGGUAUGUGAGGGUUAAUGUUAUUGAAGCUCAGGACUUGCUACCUAAUGACAAGAGUAGGUAUCCGGAAGUUUUUGUGAAGGUUAUCUGUGGAAAUCAGGUAUUGAGGACUAGAAUAUCACAGAGCAAAAGUAUUAACCCAAUUUGGAAUGAGGAUUUGAUGUUUGUUGCUGCUGAACCAUUUGAGGAACCGUUGUAUCUUACUGUGGAAGAUAGAGUGGGAUCCGGCAAAGAUGAAAUUUUGGGUAAGUGUGUGAUUGCUUUACAGACUGUGCAGAGGAGGUUAGACCAUAAACCUGUGCACACGAGGUGGUUUAAUCUUGAGAAGCAUAUGAUCGUAGAUGGGGAACAGAAGAGGGAGAUCAAAUUUUCCAGCAGGAUUCAUUUACGGAUUUGCUUGGAUGGUGGGUACCAUGUCUUGGAUGAAUCAACACACUACAGUAGUGAUCUCAGGCCAACUGCAAAGCAGUUGUGGAAGUCGAGCAUCGGGAUUUUUGAGGUAGGGGUUAUAAGCGCAGUUGGUUUGAUGCCAAUGAAAACAAAAGAUGGCCGAGGUACCACAGAUGCUUAUUGUGUAGCAAAAUACGGGCAGAAAUGGGUUCGCACAAGGACAAUCGUGGACAGCUUCAAUCCCAAGUGGAAUGAGCAGUACAUCUGGGAGGUUUUCGACCCGUGUACUGUCAUUACAAUUGGGGUUUUUGACAAUGGUCAUAUACAUGGAGGUGAUAAAGGGGGAAAGGAUUCAAGAAUUGGCAAAGUGAGAAUUCGGCUAUCUACACUUGAAGCUGACAGGGUUUACACACAUUCGUACCCUCUUCUGGUCCUACAUCCAUCUGGGGUGAAGAUGGGUGAAAUUCAGCUGGCAGUGAGGUUUACAUGCUCAUCUUUGAUUAAUAUGCUGUAUAUGUAUUCGCAUCCUUUGUUGCCAAAAAUGCAUUACAUUCAUCCAUUGUCUGUGAUUCAGCUCGAUAGCUUGAGGCACCAGGCUAUGCAGAUUGUCUCAAUGAGGCUGAACCGGGCUGAGCCCCCACUGAGGAAAGAGGUUGUGGAGUAUAUGCUGGAUGUUGAUUCACAUAUGUGGAGCAUGAGAAGAAGCAAGGCAAAUUUUUUCCGAAUAAUGGGAGUUUUAAGCGGGGUGAUUGCAGUAGGAAAAUGGCUUGAUCAAAUCUGCAAUUGGAAGAAUCCUCUCACAACCAUUUUAAUUCAUAUCCUCUUUAUUAUAUUGGUUCUUUAUCCGGAACUAAUUCUUCCAACUAUUUUUCUCUACCUAUUCUUGAUUGGAAUUUGGAACUACCGGUGGAGGCCGAGGCACCCUCCUCACAUGGACACACGGCUAUCUCAUGCUGAUGCUGCUCAUCCUGACGAACGAGAUGAAGAGUUUGACACAUUCCCAACUUCUCGGCCAUCAGAUAUUGUGAGAAUGAGAUAUGAUCGACUAAGAAGCAUAGCAGGGAGGGUUCAGACUGUUGUCGGUGAUCUGGCAACUCAAGGGGAAAGGUUUCAGUCUCUUCUGAGUUGGAGAGACCCUAGAGCCACAACCCUGUUCGUAACUUUCUGUUUGAUUGCCGCCAUUGUUCUCUAUGUAACUCCAUUCCAAGUUGUGGCCCUUCUAGCAGGCAUUUACGUGUUAAGGCAUCCCAGAUUACGCCACAAACUUCCUUCAGUGCCACUCAACUUCUUUAGGAGGUUGCCUGCAAGAUCAGACAGCAUGCUAUAAGCACAACCCGCCUUCAAGAAUCACUCCUCUCCUCUUCAUCAUUGUAUCUGUGUUUCAAAGUUGUGCAGAUGGUGAAGCAGGGUGAAAAGUAACAAAUCGGCAAUUUCCCACCACAUAAAAUGGUGAUUUUAUGAACUUGUUUAUGUCUUUGUAUUUAACAUUUUAGUUUCUGCUUAUGGUUUACAACGCAUGUUAUUUAUCAUAUUCAAUUUGAAUAUAGCCAGUGCAGAACCAGAAUUCGAUUUUCA